AUGAAAUCACCAUCGUCGUCUUCCAACCCGAAAACUAAGGCAGCAGCAGCAGCAGCAGUUGAGGAGGGGGAGAAAAAUCAAGAUGAAGGAGGCGACGCUUCACCUGCCAACCUUCGGCUGGACAAGCUACCACAGGAUGCCAUGAGUCAAGUAUUGGCUCACUGUUGUUCGGAUUUUUCAACCAUUUUAAACUUGGCCAAUGCAAGUGAAGUCUUUCAAGCGACCAUUUACAACCAAAACUGGAACUGCCAUCGAUGCAGCGAUCCUCUGUUCGUGGGAUCCUGUUUGGAAACCAACAAGCAUGCCAAGCCCUUCUUCUGCGGAGUAUGUCAUAAGAAGAUAUGUGGUGAAUCAAUUGACUAUGAUCGUCGGUAUUGUCGACCACAAAAGUGCGAUGGGUGUGGAAAAAUAGAAUGCUAUGACUGCCAACAAGCUCAUAUGCAGGACAGCGAUGGUUAUGGAACUGAAAACUAUUGUGAAGAAUGCCAAGCCGAAUUUGAAUUUGGAAUGGGAGGAUGCUAG